AACCACGUCCUUCCUUGGGUGUGGUUCGAGAUCGUCGAGACGUCGUCCUUUCCGUCGACGAGUCGCCGGACUUGCUUUUCACGCGGCUAACCGGGUUCCCCUCGUCCUAACGUCGGCGGUGCGCGGUGCGCGAGGUCCGCGAUUGUCCUCCCGCGUUCGUGAAUCACGCGCUCGUCGCAGGAACAAGGACGAUCGCCCAGCGAGAGCGGACGAGUCGAACGAGUGCAAAGGGUGUGCGGAUAGAAGAGAGAAAGAUUGACGGCAGCGGCGAGUGGGGCGAGCUGCAACGGCGACGUUCAUCGAUUCGCGUUGCGCUUUCACGGUUGCGUGCGAAACGCGACGGAAAAAGCGGGUGCCCCUCUCGCUGACGUACGUGCGUGCGUACGUGUUCCUCCGCAGUGCCCCGCAAAACCCCGCGAUUCGCGAUUCCGAGUGGUACCUGGUACCGGAAAUAAAACCGCGGCGCUAGCCCCUCCAAGGUUCUCCAUCGUCGGAGAAGAGUUUUGUUCGCGCGAUUCGCGUGUCGACGGGCGCAACCUGGCGGUAACGAGCGACAAGGCUUUUAACGGGGUUGUACGUCGUCUGCUUCGACCUGGUGGUGGUGGUGGUAGCGACGGUGGCGGUAGUGGUGACUCCUUCACGAGAGGUUAUGUCGCUGCGGCCUCGAUGACGCUCCUCUGACAGCAGUGGCGGUGACGGUGGGACGGACCGAAAGUGGCAACGGUUUCGUCGGGAAGUAUCGAAGUUGGCGCGAGGGGCGGAGAAGUCAGCUGUGGUCUGGCUCUGGUGGUAGCGGCGGAAGCGGAAGCCGCUGCAGUAACGAAGGCAGGGGGCGAGGAGGUGGGGCCGGGUGAGGCUGGUGGUAGUCCCGAUUUAUUUAGGAGGAGACGCAAAUUUUAUCCUUGUCCCCAUUUUUAUUUAUCUCCUUUUCUUUUACCUCUCACCUUGUCUUACGGGAGUGAUAAGUUCGGGGGCGUUCGCCACCGGCCAUCAAAAACGCUAUCGACGGCGUGACACCGGCCCCGCAUUCAGCCUUUCUCCCGCAGAGAGUAGGCAUCGUAGACAGGAGUUAUUGCCAUCCGUCAUCAUCGUAGAAAUUGCGUUCUGAGCCCUUCCCGACAACUCCUCUCGCACGCGCGACGUCCUAGUAUCUCGGACCCGUUAACGGGUGCUCAUAAGGCACGCGCGUCAUCUGCCAGACAUCAUGAACGAGCUCGAAAGCCUUCGUCAAGAAGCGGAGACGCUGAAGAAUGCCAUUCGGGAUGCCAGGAAAGCAGCAUGCGACACGUCCUUGGCCCAGGCCACAUCGGGCAUGGAACCUAUCGGUCGCAUACAAAUGCGAACGAGACGUACGCUUCGCGGUCACUUAGCUAAAAUUUAUGCGAUGCACUGGGGAAGUGACUCGAGGAACCUAGUCUCCGCAUCGCAAGAUGGCAAACUGAUCGUUUGGGAUAGUUAUACUACCAAUAAGGUUCACGCGAUCCCACUACGGUCAUCAUGGGUAAUGACUUGUGCGUACGCUCCCUCGGGUAGUUAUGUGGCGUGCGGUGGAUUGGACAAUAUCUGUUCCAUCUAUAGUCUUAAAACUAGGGAAGGGAAUGUGCGGGUGAGCAGAGAACUUCCGGGUCACACUGGAUACUUGUCCUGCUGUCGAUUCUACGACGACAACCAAAUCGUCACCAGCUCCGGCGACAUGUCUUGUGCUUUAUGGGACAUCGAAACCGGCCAGCAGUGCACCUCGUUUAUCGGGCACACUGGCGAUGUGAUGUCUCUGUCGUUGGCACACGAUACACGCACCUUCGUGUCUGGUGCGUGCGACGCCAGCGCGAAGUUGUGGGACAUUCGUGAAGGCUCUUGUAAGCAGACCUUCCCGGGUCACGAGAGUGACAUAAACGCCGUCACGUUCUUCCCGAAUGGAUACGCUUUCGCGACGGGAUCGGACGACGCGACCUGCAGACUUUUCGACAUUAGGGCGGACCAGGAACUCGCGAUGUACAGUCACGACAAUAUCAUUUGCGGUAUCACCAGUGUAGCUUUCAGCAAGAGCGGUAGAUUAUUGCUGGCGGGCUACGACGAUUUUAACUGUAACGUUUGGGAUUCUAUGAAGACGGAGCGAGCUGGAAUUCUUGCUGGGCAUGACAAUCGCGUGUCUUGUCUUGGCGUUACGGAAGACGGCAUGGCGGUAGCGACAGGCUCCUGGGAUUCGUUCCUACGCAUUUGGAACUAACUUGGGGCUCUCCCCAGGACGUUCCUUCAAAGAACCAACAGUCAACCAAUUUACAGCAUAAGAAUCAAGUACCACCAUCUGACUACCGAGCAAGUCGACGUGCCAGCGGCCACGACGCUGGCAAAAAAUCCGCCAGGUUCACCAGAGUUGACGCUGAUCAGAAACUUUGGAUGCCGGAUUAGCAGCAGCAAUGGCAGCAGUAGCAGCAACAAUAACAAUUACGAUCGUAUCAAAACCCAUGAUAGCAGCGACAACAGCAACGGCGUCGAUUUCAAGAACGUUUUGGAUUGUGGUGGUAAAAAAGAUUCCCGCGGCAAGCGCAUCGUAGUUGACUUGACUUGGCGACGUGGUAAAGUCGGCGAUAAGGACCACGAAUAUCAACGCUUCUAGGAAGAAUUGGCUCGAGUUGGGUCGAAUGCGAAGACACAUUGCGGCAAAAGAUCGCGCAGCGAAGGACGAGAUGUAAGAAUGGAGAAUGAGCGCCGACAACAAGGCCGACAGUUAAGAACUCUGCGGUAUUGGGCGCGCACUUUCUUUUUAUCCUCCCCUUUCUCAAGGACUUUCUUCGCGAACCUUCGAGAGGCACGUGCUGUUUCACUUGAUAGUUCUUUUCCCACGGGGGUACUCCCAGUCGAGGAUUUCGAAGUUCGAAGGACGACAAUCGCGCCGACGAUCGUCGAGAGAUUUCCAUCUCGAACCAAGGUUCAAGCGUUCACUGCCGAAGAAACGCUGUCAACGGUUGCUCCGGCGGUUAGCUACAGAUUAUUUCUCCCAUACGCGAAACGAGAUUUUAUCGAGCAUUAUACGAUACGUAAUCGUAAUAUUGCGUCGCGACUCAAAGAUGAGAGAGACGAGCACAGCCAAGCUCACAAUAGUCCCGUAAUGAUGCGUUGGAGUUUAUAUGGCGCACAUUGAACGCACAUGUGUAUCGAUGGAGAUUCACGACGCGAAUUGCAUACACCUGCACGCGAAAAUGGAGGAACGGCGCGGAUCGUUCAGCAGCCUCGAGAUACAUUUAAUUCGCAUAUACUCGUCACGCGAGCUUUGCCCUCGUGCACGAGCACCGAGUGAUCGAGCAGAAAAGAGCGCUAUAUAUACAUAUAUAUAUAUAUAAAAUGAGAUGAGAUGAUCACUUUUCUUACCAUAAAAUACGCCGACUUCGCACCACUUACUAUUAUUACUAUUACUAGCACCACAACCCUCUCGAUUGAUUUCGUAGAUAUAUCGUUAUUUAUUUUGUAUAGACCUCUGCCAUAGGCCGCUCCGCGUCAACGUUUUUUGCGAGUGUAAGAGCGACUGAGCAUGUUGUAAAAGAGAUCGAACGAGAGAGUUGUGAGAACGUGAAAGUGAGAACGAUAGACGCGCGGCCAAUUGUCAAUCAAAAAAAGAAAACAAGACACGAAAUGCGUGGAUAAAUGAAACAAAUUCUGAAUAUAGAACAUAGUUGCUCCUUCGAGAAAUAAUUCGAUUUAUCGGGACGUUGACGUCCACGAGAGAAGUACGAGAAUUCGAGGAGCGAUAUAUUAGAGUUCGGGAGAAAACAAUAGUUUCGUCUGCUUUUGCAGCGCGAACGCGUUAAAAUCGUAUGAAAUGACUGGCCAGCGUAAAGUGUCGAGUACGUUUAAUGUAAUGUGUAAUCGUUUAGUUCAUAGCGUCUAUACCUGAACCUUCUCUCCCCGUCCUCUAUCCAAUUAUCUCUGAUUAUGGCGAGAAGGUGAAGAAGAAUUGAUCCCCGGCUGUCGUCUCGGCGAUAUCUCUUCCCCACUGUCGAUUGAACGCCAAUCAAUCCUCGUGCACGAGGCGGGCACGUGCUCUCGAUCGAAAGAGUCGUGCUAAAAGUACCUUUGAAAUAGGACCCAAAGAAUCCCAGGCUAAUAAAAAGGACCGCGAGACUAAGCUUUCUCUCCUCCCCUUGUCAUUAUUAUCUUUUUUGAUACUUUUUGUUUAUCGCAUUUUGUUUGUCACGGUCUUUUUCAUAAACAUGUAAGUACGUAUUUUUUUCGAUAGCUUUUUUUUAUAACUUUCACCUAUAUCCCUCUUUUCCGCGCUGUCACUACUUAUCUUCCCUUCCUUUCAUCUCCUACCUGUUCUGUCCUUUUUUUGUCAGAAAUAAAUGUUGAAACUGUGUAUGCAUUUAAAAUAAUAUUAAUGAUAAUAAUUAUAAUAUUAAUAUUAACGAUGAUCGUAAUUUAUAAUUAUUAAUAUUUAAUAUAUAAGUACAUAAGAUCGAUGGUUUUUCUUAAUAUUGCAGGAUUAUAUGGUCCAAUCGCCUUCCGGCAACCACGUUCCAACAGUGUUUUUUUUUAAAUUUCUUUUUUUAAGAAUUUUGUACAUUCACCACACACACAUACACAAAUAUAUGUAGUUAAUUGCGUGAUGCGCUUUUUAUUUGUGGUAAACGAAUACCUUAAUUCGAUAGGAGUUCCAUGAAUCUUUGUUUUAAUUAUGAAUAAAAUAUAUAAUUUGUAUAUACGAAAAGUUGUUGUGUAUCACGAUAAAAAUUUAUGGGAUGCGUCGGUUGCUAAAAUCGGGAAAAUUGAGAGAAAAAGACGUGGAUUCCGGAAAGCGACUAUCGAAAAAUUUCUUUCCCAGUGAAAAAAAAAUGUAAUCUGGCUAUGGAGCAAGCGAGCAUUAAUCUCCGACGAUUUUCGAGAGAUGUUGCAAACUUCGAACAUUCGAAUUUCGUAAAAUCGGUUUUUUUUUAGACGUAUGUAUAAAAACUAAUCUCGCUUACGUGCUUUAUACUUGUUAGAUAUCAAACGGGCAAAAGAUCUUUCUCCGUCUCGAAAGAGAAGAUCCUUGUUCCUUCGAUUCUUUGUAUUAUUAUAAGAAUUCUUCCCAAGUUCGAUGCGAGAUCGGGCGCUACGUUAAAAAUGCGAGAUAGAAACGCGAGUAAAGCGCCCGCUUUUCGAUACUUUCAAUAUAACUUUGAAACGAAAGAAGGAAUAAUCUUAGAGCAGAGAAUUACGAAGGAAUAGGAAACUUUAGUGAGCAGACUAAUGGAAACAGAUCUGUGCUUUUUGCAUUUCACGAUUCCGUGGCUUCCCCAAGGGGGCUCUUUCUCCUUUUUGUACCUUGAAGCCUGAAACGAUAUGGUUUCUUAUUUUUGGUACAAAUAUGAAAAAAGUCUUAUUAUCUGGCGAGUAACGUAAAAUUGACAAAUUAUCAAGCCUCUAGUCAUAUUAAUGGUAUGCGCGUAAAAAAUGAAAGAAGACCAGCAGGUAAAACUGUAAGCAGAAAUAAUUUUUUUAAACGUAUCCUUGUUCGCGCAAAUAAGCUUGCGUAUGUUGACUUUAACUAUUUAAUUUAUUUUUCUUUUUCGAAAAUAUGGCACACAUGGUAGAUAAAUUGCGACGCAGGAGGAAAAAUCACGGCAUAAAAACAGCUCUGAUGAAAUCAGCCUUUUCUUUUCCUCUCUUUUUCGAGCUUUUAAGAAUAUAAAGAAAAUAAAAAUAUUUGGAAAGAAUUAAA